GCAGGGGAGUCUGGGAACAGAGAGGCUGUGGGUCCCCAGGGAGGUAGGACCAGAAAGCAGAGAGACAGAAGGCAGGAGGACCCAUCGACCAGAGGAAGGGAGAAGGGCAACAGGAAGUAGACUGGGUUGGAAAGAAGACCCUCAGGGGAGAGAGAGGGAGCUGGGCAGAGAUGCAGCUACUGGGGUCCCUGGCUUGUCUCCUGCUGGCCUUAUGUCUGGGCAGCGGGACCGCGAACCCCCUGCAGAAUGGAGGAGAGGGCCCAUGGGUAGGUGCUGCACAGGGAGCUGGGGAUGCCAUUAGCCAUGGAGUUGGGGAGGCUCUGGGCCAAGGGGCUGGCCAGGCAGCUGGCUCAGGAAUCCAGGAGGCCGCGGGCCAUGGGGGCGGAAACGCAGUCAGCUCUGGAAUUGAAGAGGCGGUUGGCCAAGGGGCUAAGGAAGCAGUCAGUUCUGGAAUCCAGGAUGCCUUUGGUCAAGGGCAUGGAGGAGAAGGCGGCUCUGCAUUGAGCGGGGCCAGGGGGGAUGCUUUCAGCCACAGGCUUGGGGAGGCAGCACACUCUCUGGAGAAUACCGGCAGAGAGGCCGGCAGACAGGCUGAGGACGUCAUUCGACGUGGGGUAGAUGCCGCUCACACCUCUGGGUCUUGGGGCACAUCUGGAGGCCACGGAAUGUUUCGUUCUCAGGGUGGCGUUGGAGCCCAGGGCAGUCCUGGGGUUUCAGGGACUCCUUGGGACUCAGAAAGCAGCUUUGGAACCAACUCUCUGGGCGGCUCUGGGGGUCAAGGUGUUGAUGGUGGGUCAUUCAACUAUGAAACUAAUGCUCAGGGUGCUGUGGCUCAGCCUGGCUAUGGGUCAGUGAGAGGCAGCAACCAAAACUCAGGGUGUACUAAUCCCCCACCCUCUGGCUCCGGUGGAAGCUCCAACAACUUUGGGGGAAGUAGUGGUGGAGGUGGUGGCAGAGGCGGCGGAAGCAGCAGUAGCCAUGGCAACGGUGGUAGCAGCAGCGAUGGAAGUAGCAGUCAUGGAAGUAACAACCAAGGCAGCAGCAACAGUGGCCAUGGUGGCAGCAGCACUGGGUCCAGGGACAUAGAAACUUCCAAUUUUGAUGAAGGCUAUUCAGUCUCCAGGGGAACUGGCUCAUCCUCAGGCAGCAGAGGUGGCAGUGGUGGAGGAAACAGACCUGAGUGUGACAACUCAGGGAAUGACAUGCGUGUGACUGGAGGAUCUGGGAGUCAGGAAAGCAGAGAGAACAGCCGUCUCCUUGGGGGCCCCCAUGACUAUGAGGAGCAUGGGGACAGUGGCAGAAAUGAAGCAAUCAACGGAGUCAACACUGUGAACUCUGAGACGUCUUCCACACCAUUCAACUUUGACAAUUUCUGGGAGAACUUCAAGUCCAAGAUGGGUUUCAUUAACUGGGAUGCCGUGGACAAGGGCCGUACCCCGCGCCCCAGCACCCGAGCCCUGCUGUACUUCCGCCGGCUCUGGGAGAAUUUCAAACGCAGAACUCCUUUCUUCAACUGGAAAGAAAUUGAGGCCUCAUCACUGCAAAAGAGAGCAGGUGGCGCUGAUCAGUUUUCCCAGCCUGAUACAGGAAGGCACGAGGUAGCAGCUGUCACUGCUAAGAACUACUAUCACAACCAGCAGGUGCAACCUACUUAUAGUUGGCAGUACUAUGCCAAGACUUCCGCAAAGGGAGCAGUCACGACUUCAUCCUCGGCUUCCCGAGCACAGCCAGGCCUACUGAAGUGGCUGAAGUUUUGGUAGAAAAUUCUUUCCAGUCACUCUGAGACCUCAUGAACACCGGUCUUCAGGGAGUCUGACUGCGCUUCCCUGCAGCUCUCUCUGCUGUGAGGCCCCGCCUGGGUGUUGACACCCCCAUCUUCCCAGCUGGGGACCUGCUUUAUCUGUUCUUCCCAUUGCACUGUAAUGUGUCUGACCACCCGCCUCAACGGAUGACCCCGACACUUUCUUCCCCCUCUGCUCUUUGUGACUGGAAGUCACUGUGACCAUUUACAGUAGAAGCUUGCUACUUUUGAGUUUCUCUGUGGAAAUAAAACAUGAAUCUUGUUUUCCCAA